AGUGAGGAGAUUCACUCAUCAUCAGAGUUUUCAAAGCUAAAACUUUUGAGAAUAAGCAAGAAGAAGAAGAGAGAAACAGGAUGGGGAGUACUAGCAAGAAGGCGCUGGGGACGACAGGGGAGUUCUUCAGGAGGAGGGACGAGUGGAGGAAGCACCCGAUGCUGACGAAUCAGCUCCGCCACGCCACUCCCGGCCUCGGCAUCGCUCUGGUGGCCUUCGGCGUCUACCUUGUCGGCGAGCAAGUCUACAACCGCCUCAUUUCUCCUUCUGCUGCUUCCUCAUCUCACGCUCAUUCUCACUCUCAUUCCGCCUCUACCACCUCUGCUACUCACUGAGCUUCAUUUCGCAGAUGGGUGCUCCAGCUCAGCACGAGGAACAGAGUUUGGAGUUUCUUGUAUUUUUCUGCUCCUUAUCUGGUUGAUAUUUCAAUAAAAUGUUUUAAGUUAACAAGGGCCUUAAACAACUUGAAGGCUGUGAAUUUUAUUCUGCAGAGUUUUAAGAUGUUGUUGCUACUCCUUGAAUGGCUACAUUUGAAGAUUGCAUCAGUUGAAAGCGCGUGUUUCGUUAUUUUUAUUUGCCUUUGAACUGCCUGCAUCUUCUACUUCUAAGCUACUUUCAUUUUGGGUUAUGAUUGUGUUUGGUUAUGUGUGUGGUUGAUUGAGUUUAGUUAUGUUCGUGGUUAUUGUCGUGGUUCCGCAUGCAAAGGAGCCUGCAAGUGGCAAAAGGAGAGAAAUUCUUUUGGGAGCUUAAAUGCUCAUGACGACUGAAGUUUGAAGGUUGAGAGCAUUCUGGCCUUCUUGGAUGGUAGAUAUGAAGCCCAAGUCUUUUUAUGAAGUAGUCAUGUUGAAGUUUAAUUAGCAAUUAAAACAAGUAGGCUUUGUAUCUCACAAAAACGCUGUUUAAAUCUGUGCCACUGCUCUUUUCCAUUUUUACUA